GUUAGGGUACAAUGGGUGUUCCGUCAACAAAAAAUAUCCCGAAGGAGACUGUGUCCCAUCUGGAUCCUGCCCCUAUUCCUAGUCCCGGAGCUCUUUUGCAAGUCAGAGCAGGAAGAGUCAAGAAAGGCGCCCUUGGAGGUGAAAUCACAUCUGCUAUCUACAAACAGCAACAUGAUGGACCUAUAUUCUGCAGUGCGACAGGCGUGCUGGGGGACGAACACGCUUCCAGCAGACACGGCGGCACAGAGCGCGCAGUGCAUCAGUAUAACCCAGACCACUACCCAGACUGGCGAGCCGAGAACCCACCAGAGCCAGAUCUGUACGAUGUCGGAGCAUACGGCGAGAAUCUUGUCACCACGAACAUGAACGACGACAAUGUUUGUAUCGGCGACAUAUACCAACUUGGCAAAGACGUUCUUCUCGAGGUUAGCGAACCACGUCAUCCGUGCUUCAAACUCAACUCCCGAUUCAAAUGGCCGAGGGCUCUAAAACGGACGAUACGAACAGGACGAGCAGGCUGGAACAUGCGGGUCUUGAAAACAGGCAAUAUCUGUAAGGGAGACACGAUCUCUUUACUAGAUCGACCGUAUCCUGAAUGGUCUGUCUUGAACGUCCAGCGCGUCAUCAGAGCGAGAAAUGUCUCCCUUCAUCUGUUGGCGGAAUGCACGCAACUUCCUAUGACAGAUCUCUUUCUGGAUAUUGCUAAAGAGAGAUUGAGGAGUGCUCCAAAGACAUACACUCUGGUUGACGCUCGCCUCGUCGCUGAGCGUGUGAGGAUGCUCACAUUUGCCUUGAAGGAGCCUCUAACUCUUGCCAACCCAGCAUUCGAACCUUACGCUUUUGCUCAGAUCAUAUUCGGACGCGAAACCAAAUUUGAGCGAUCGUACUCGAUUGUCGACGGCGAUAUAUACAAGUUUAGCCUGGGCGUGUCUCUCGAUCGACAAUCACGAGGAGGUUCGGCCUAUUUACACAACGAGCUGAAUAUUGGCGACGAGAUUGAAAUGUAUCCUGGAAUAAACCCUGGUGCGCAAGAAAAUGACGAAAAAUGCACCGAGAGCUUGACACGUAUUCUGAUCGUCGGAGGGAUCGGAAUAACGGCCUUUCUCCCAUCGAUGCGUGACUGGGAGAGCAAAGGCCUGCCAUACCAUCUUCAUUAUGCCGUUCGAAGUAUUGGAGAGGCCGCCUUUCUUGAUCAACUUCCGAAAGACAAAACCACUUUUUAUUGUCGAUCAGAGAGUGAACGACUCGAUAUUAGAAACGUCAUACCGAAGCCCAGCCACAAUGGGACAUACAACGCACGCAUAUUCUCGUGCGGAUCUUCAGGCAUGAUGAAAGAAUGUGCAAAUAUUGCCAAUGAACUUGGAUAUCCAGAACACAUGCUUCAUUUUGAGGAUUUCGGUAACGGUGGAGGUGGUGAGUUUGGUGAAGCCUUCGAGGUCCAAGUCGAUGAGCCGGACUCGAACAGACACGAAACGAUGACGAUUCCUCCAAACAAGACACUACUAGACGUACUCAAUGACGCGGGCUUUGAUGUAUUAUACUCGUUCUGUGAGGGGAAGGUUGAUUACAAGAGCACAGCGCUGCUUGAGAAGGAAAAGGGACGGGCUCUACAGGCUUGUGUUGACCGUGGUAUUGGGAGGCUCAAGAUAGAGAUCGAUUAG